AUGAUGAAUAAUACACGCUUAAUUAAGGCUCUACCGAAUGAAGAUCAACGCUUACGAAAUGCGAUAGUUGAAAUCGAAAAAUUUCUUGCAGUACCAUCAUCACCCAUGGAUUGUGAUAUUAUAAUAAAUCAAAUGAGUCAAAUGACAAUGUCAUCAAAUGAUAAUGAUAUUAUUCAAGAAAAAGUUCAUCUAGAAAAACCUGUCAAAGAUUCUACUAAAAUAACAACUAAUAAUAAUAAGUUUUCUGAUGAAUGUUUAAAUGAAGUUAAACAACGUUUAAAAACUCGACAAGCUGAAUGUGAUAGUAAAACAACAGUGAAAAAAAAAAACUUAUUUCAUUAG